CAAUCAGUGAGCAGACCACGGCCGUUGGAGGGAACGGCUGAAGUGCAAAUAACGCAUUCGAAAGUUUGAAAGCCUGAACCGGCUCCAGUGCAGCCCGGCGCCCAGCCCCUUCAUCAGACUUUGUGUUGUAGGACCUAGCAAGCGUGGUAAAGAAGACAUCAGAAAACAUGUCGAAGAUGGAUGAUGGAAAAGAAAUCCCGGAUAUAAUUAUUGAUCCGGGAACCAGGACCACCUACAAGAAAGGCAGAUUCUUCGGAAAGGGAGGAUUUGCAAAAUGCUAUGAAAUCACUGAUGUCAAAUCUGGAGCUGUUUAUGCUGGGAAGAUUAUACCGAAGAAAUUGAUGACUAAACACAACCAAAGGGAAAAGAUUACUCAAGAAAUUGCCAUUCAUCGAAGUAUGAAUCACAAACAUGUUGUUGGCUUCCAUGGUUUCUUUGAAGAUGAUCAGAAUAUUUACAUUGUGUUAGAACUCUGCCGGAAAAGGUCCAUGAUGGAACUUCACAAGCGACGAAAGGCCCUAACCGAGCCAGAAACAAGAUACUAUCUCCGACAGAUUCUUCUUGGAGUUCUCUACCUACAUGAACAUCAUAUUAUCCAUAGAGAUCUGAAACUGGGAAAUUUAUUCCUAAAUGAUGAUAUGGAGGUCAAGAUUGGUGACUUUGGGCUUGCUGCUAAACUAGAGUUUGAUGGAGAGAGAAAGAAGACUCUUUGUGGUACGCCAAAUUAUAUUGCUCCAGAAAUUUUACAGAAAAGGGGUCACAGUUAUGAAGUAGAUGUGUGGUCCAUAGGCUGUAUCAUGUACACCCUUCUUGCAGGAAAACCUCCAUUUGAAACUAAUUCCCUCAAGGAAACUUAUGGGCGUAUUAAGAGAUGUGAAUACGUUCUCCCAACCCAUUUAAAGAAAUCAGCAUCAUCUCUCAUUAGCAAAAUGCUUCAACCUGAUCCUAAAGCUAGGCCUCGAGUGGAUGAACUUCUGAAUAGCAGUUUCUUUACUUCGGGGUACCUUCCACCACAGCUUCCUGUGUCUUGUCUUACAACUGCUCCAAGGUUUGACACCUUGGAGAAUAAAAACUUACUGUCUCGCAAACCUCUCAUUGAAGUUAAUGGAGGGGAAAUUCAAUCCAGUCCUUCUGGCAGAAAGCGUGGUGAUGGUGGAAAUCCCCGUGAAAGUAUGCCUGCUGCUGGUGGACGAACAGUUGCAUGCCCUACAUUCAAUUUCCGCAAACAUCUGUCCUCUUUACGCUCUCAACUUGGUAAUGUUCUGAAAAGUAAUCCAGGAAACAAGGAUGUUAUCAUGGGAGAUGAAAUGUCUGAUCCUGCAGCUUCACCCUUUGUAUGGAUUAGCAAGUGGGUUGAUUACUCAGAUAAAUAUGGAUUUGGAUACCAGCUGUGUGAUGAAGGUGUUGGUGUUAUGUUCAAUGACACAACCAAAUUAAUUAUGUUGCCUAAUGGAAAAGAUGUGCACUAUAUUGAUAGAGAUGGUUCUGAAAAUUAUUACACGGAAGAAAGUUUUCCUACAAAUCUGGAAAAGAAAAUGAAGCUACUAACGUACUUCAGAAGGUACAUGAACGAGCAUUUAGUGAAAGCAGGUGGAUCUCUUGCUCCCAGAGAAUGUGAUUCACUUUCUCGAAUACCUUACCUGCACACCUGGUUCCGCACACCGUCAGCGGUUGUCAUGCAUUUGACAAAUGGAACUCUUCAGAUCAAUUUCCUGGACCAUACAAAGAUAAUCAUGUGUCCUUUGAUGGCAGCAGUAACAUACCAUGAUGUGGAUAAGAACAUUCGCACCUUCAGGUUUUCAUCAAUUGAGUCAGGUGGAUGCAGUCCUCAACUUGCUCAGAGUUUGCAGUAUGCUUUUGAAAAGAUCAAUAAGAUGAUUACUUAGUCUUAGAGUGGAGUGAACUGUGAUUCUUUAAUUUGGGUUUUACUAAGACAAAUGAAUGACUUAUAAAUCAGAUAUUGCCAUAUGAGUUGAUUACUCACUUUGUUGCGUAAUUUGCUGAUGGAAAUUUAGCUUACUUACAUACCAAUUUUAAAUAGUCUCUGAUGUUUGAAGGCGAAGUCAGUAUUCAUUGAACUCUCAUCUUCUGAGGAGCUUGUUGUCUCCAUUAUUAUGGAGAUGUAUCAAAUCGUUAAGAGAUGCAGAGUUUCAAAGGAGUUUUUUGUUUUUUGUAAUUGAAAUCACUGCCUUUGACUUCACUUUUGUUAAUUUAAAGUUUAGUGUGGGUAAGUAUUGUUUAGGAAGUUUGUUUCUCCUAUCGGAUUAACAAACAAGAGUAUUGUUUAAAAAUCAAACCCUGCACUGUUUGCUGUUUUGUGUAAUUGUGAUAGUGUAUUUGGUAUCUACCAAACUGUUUUAGUAUAAAUCUAUAGGACUUCUUUUAUAUUUUUAAAUUUUUCUAUUCGUGGCUGAUGUUUUCUGUUCAAAACUGUUCAGAGACCUUUCAGUUUCACUUUUAUUUGUUUGUAACCUGGAAGCAUUCUGUAAAUAUCAUCCUUUUUAAAUAAACAAAAGUAUUACUAUUUUUAAAAAGAAUGGUUGUUAUUUCGGUACCAAGCAUGGAGGAAAUAUUGAACUAGAUAAUAAAUGUAAUCACUCCAAUA